GCAGUUGUUUCUUUUUAGACAAAAACACAAUGACAAUGCAAUCUGCAAUGCAAUCUCAGUCUGUUUUGUAAGACUCCUCCUUAUGAAACACACAGUUAUAGAAUCACUGCACUCUUAACACUUUCAACUCUACGAACAGGUUUAAGGACAGAGACAGCAGCUCCUGUGAAGAUGAAGGUCAUGAUUGUAUUACUUGUACCUCUAUUGGUUUCCUUUGUCUCCGCUCAGACAUUUCGCUGGGGACCCUGCCCAACACCAAAGGUCCAACCAAACUUUGAAGUAGAUAAGUACCUUGGAAAGUGGUAUGAGAUCGAAAAACUCCCAGCAUCCUUUGAGAGAGGCAAGUGCAUCGAGGCAAACUACAAGCUCAACCCUGACAAAACCAUCCAAGUUCUCAAUUUUCAGACUUAUAAAGGUAAAGUUGAGGGUGCAGAAGGUACAGCAGUCAUCCAGGACAUGAGGGAACCGGCAAAACUUGGAGUCCGGUUUUCCUACUUCACACCCUACGCCCCAUACUGGGUCCUCUCCACCGACUACAACGUUAGUCUUGUGUAUUCUUGCACUGAUGUUCUCAGGCUGUUCCACGUCGACUUCGCCUGGAUUCUCUCACGCACACGCACUCUGCCUGCAGAAACCAUCUCAAAGGCCAAAGAGAUUUUCUCACGGGACAACAUCGAUGUGAGCAAAAUGUGUCCUACAGAUCAGCGAGGAUGUGAUGUUCCAGAUGUAUAUGCUCCAUAAUUCUGACCCAUAAUAUAUGAUAAAAUAUAAUAAACAUAAUUGACAUUUUUAAUGCAAAAUCAAUAAAAGCAUGUGUCUAAUAAAGUU